CUCUUCAGCCAGAUGCUGGACCCCGAGUCCCAGAGGAAGAGGACAGUGCAGAAUGUGCUGGACCUUCGGCAGAACCUGGAGGAGACCAUGUCCAGCUUGAGGGGCUCUCAGGUGUCUCACAGCUCCCUGGAGAUGACCUGCUACGACAGCGACGAAGCCAACCCCCGGAGCGUCUCCAGCCUCUCCAACCGCUCCUCCCCGCUGUCCUGGCGCUAUGGGCAGUCGAGCCCGCGCCUGCAGGCGGGGGACGCGCCGUCGGUCGGGGGGACGUGCCGCUCCGAGGGCACCCCCAGCUGGUACAUGCACGGGGAGCGGGCGCACUACUCGCACACCAUGCCCAUGCGCAGCCCCAGCAAGCUGAGCCACAUCUCCCGCCUGGAGCUGGUCGAGGCGCUGGACACCGACGAUGUGGAGCUGAAGUCGGGGUACAUGAGCGACAGCGACCUCAUGGGGAAGACGCUGACGGAGGAUGACGACAUCACCACGGGCUGGGAUGAGAGCAGCUCCAUCAGUAGCGGCCUCAGCGAUGCCUCUGACAACCUCAGCUCAGAGGAGUUCAACGCCAGCUCCUCGCUCAACUCCCUGCCCUCCACCCCCACCACCUCACGCAGGAACUCGGCCAUAGCGCUGCGCACAGACUCGGAGAAGCGCUCGCUGGUGGAGAGUGGGCUGAGCUGGUACGGUGAGGGUGAGGAGAAGGCGCCCAAGAAGCUGGACUACGACAGCAGUAGCCUCAAGAUGGAGCAUGGCUCCUCCAAGUGGCGGCGGGAGCCCUCGGAUGGCGGUGAGGAGGGGCCCAAGGGCGGUGAGCUGAAGAAGCCUGUCAGUCUGGGCACCCCGGGCUCCCUCAAGAAGGGCAAGACCCCUCCAGUGGCUGUGACCUCCCCCAUCACUCAUACAGCCCAGAGCACCCUCAAAGUGGCAGGCAAGCCCGAGACCAAAGCCACUGACAAGAGCAAGCUGUCUGUGAAGAGCACGGGCCUGCAGCGCUCCUCCUCCGAUGCCGGCCGGGACCGCACCGCUGAUGCCAAGAAGCCCCCGUCGGGGCUCACGCGCCCCUCGUCCUCCAGCUCCUUUGGCUACAAGAAACCAGCCCCUGCCACCGGCACUGCCACUGUCAUGCAGGCUGGGGGCUCAGCCACACUCGGCAAGAUCCAGAAGAGCUCUGGCAUCCCCGUCAAGCCAGUCAGUGGGAGGAAAACAAGCCUGGAUGUCUCCAACGCAGCUGAGCCUGGGUUCCUGGCCCCAGGGGCUCGCACUAACAUCCAGUACCGCAGCCUGCCCCGGCCCGCCAAGUCCAGCUCCAUGAGCGUGACUGGUGGCCGCAGCGCAGCCCGGCCGGUCAGCAGCAGCAUAGACCCCAGCAUGCUGAGCACCAAGCAGGGCAGCAUCUCGGUGUCACGGCUCAAGGAGCCGUCCAAGAUCAGCGCUGGCCGUGGGACACCGGCCCCUGUGAACCAGACGGACCGCGAGAAGGAGAAGGCCAAGGCCAAGGCAGUGGCACUUGACUCUGAGUGCGGGACACUGAAGAGUGUCAGCUCACCUGAGAGCACUCCGAAAGCCCAGGCCAACCUCCCGCCAGUGGCCAAGGUGGCUGAGCUGCCCUCCACACCUCUUAGAACGGCUGCCAAGACCUAUGCGAAGCCUCCCACCCUGGCCAACUUGGACAAAGUCAACUCCAACAGCCUAGACUUGCCCUCCUCCAGCGAGCUGCACCCCCCUCACACUGCCAAGCUCCAGGACCUGCACCCAACUGGCGGGCACCUGGCACCCUGCUUCAGCCCCAGCCCUGCCCCCAUCCUCAACAUUAACUCAGCCAGCUUCUCUCAGGGCCUGGAGCUCAUGGGCGGCUUCAGCGUCCCCAAGGAGGGCAGGAUGUACCCCAAGCUCUCUGGCCUGCACCGCAGCAUGGAGUCCCUGCAGAUGCCCAUGAGCCUGCCCAGUGCCUUUUCAGGGGGCAGCACCACCACCACCACCCCUGCUGCUGCACCCCCUGCCAGCACGGAGGAGGAGGAGGAGGAGGACGAGGCACGUAAGCUGGGCGGAGGCGGAAGCCCCCGCCUCACGCAUCUGGACAGUGUCAACCGCGACAGGAACACCCUGCCCAAGAAAGGGUUGAGGUACCAGCUGCACUCCCAGGAGGAGGCCAAGGAGCGACGCCACUCGCACGCCAUCAGUGGGCUCCCAGAGUCGGACGAGCAGCAGGACCUGCCCUCGCCCCCUGCCCUCCCCAUGGCGCUGGUUGGGAAAGGUCCACUCACCAGCAUUGUGAGCCCCACUGCCACCGCAGCCCCGCGGAUCACCCGCUCCAACAGCAUCCCCACCCACGACUCCACCUUCGAGCUGUACAGCACCUCCCAGAUGGGCAGCACCCUCUCCCUGGCCGACAAGCCCAAAGGCAUGAUCCGCUCGGGCUCUUUCCGGGACCCUGUGGACGAUGUUCACGGAUCGGUGCUGUCCCUGGCCUCCAGCGCAUCCUCCACUUACUCCUCCGCUGAGGAGAAGAUGCAGUCUGAGCAAAUCCGGAAGCUGCGCCGUGAGCUGGAGUCCUCGCAGGAGAAGGUGGCCACACUGACGUCCCAGCUGUCUGCUAACGCCAACCUGGUAGCAGCCUUUGAGCAGAGCCUGGUUAGCAUGACAUCCCGCCUGCGGCACCUGGCUGAGACUGCUGAGGAGAAGGACACGGAGCUGUUGGACCUGCGAGAGACCAUUGACUUCCUGAAGAAGAAGAACUCGGAGGCCCAAGCUGUGAUCCAGGGUGCCCUGAAUGGCACUGAUGUCACCCCCAAAGAGCUGCGCAUCAAGCGGCAGAACUCCUCUGACAGCAUCUCCAGUCUCAACAGCAUCACCAGCCACUCCAGCAUCGGCAGCAGCAAGGAUGCCGACGCCAAGAAGAAGAAGAAGAAGAGCUGGCUACGCAGCUCCUUCAACAAGGCUUUCAGCAUCAAAAAAGGCCCCAAAUCGGCCUCAUCCUACUCAGACAUCGAGGAGAUUGCCACGCCAGACUCGUCGGCCCCCUCCUCCCCCAAGCUGCAGCAUGGCUCUACAGAGACUGCCUCGCCCUCCAUCAAAUCCUCCACCUCCUCCUCUGUGGGCAUUGAUACAACUGAGCUCUUCCAGGCCCACAAUGAGGGCGAGCCGGAGAAGAAGGAGGUGUCUGAGCUGCGGUCAGAGCUGUGGGAGAAGGAGAUGAAGCUGACAGACAUCCGCCUGGAAGCCCUCAACUCGGCCCACCAGCUGGAGCAGCUGCGAGAGACCAUGCACAACAUGCAGCUGGAGGUGGAUCUCCUGAAGGCCGAGAACGACCGUCUCAAGGUGGCCCCGGGGCCCUCAGCAGUGCCAGGCUCUGUUCCCAGCCAUAUCACAAGCACAUCAACCUCCUCUUCACCGCGGCGCUCCCUGGGUCUCACCCUUGGCCAUGCCUUCAGCCCCAGCCUGGCUGAUGCAGACGUGUCCCCCAUGGACGCUGUCAGCGCUGGCACCCAGAAGGACGAGCUGACGCUGCGGAUUGUGGUGCGCAUGCCACCCCAACACAUCAUCAAGGGGGACCUCAAGCAGCAGGAGUUUUUCCUGGGCUGGACCAAGGUGAGCGGGAAGGUGGACUGGAAGAUGCUGGAUGAGGCUGUCUGCCAGGUCUUCAAGGAUUACAUCACCAAGAUGGAUCCUGCAUCCACGCUGGGGCUCAGCACCGAGUCUGUCUAUGGUUACAGCAUCAGCCACAUCAAGCGGGUGCUGGACACGGAGCCGCCAGAGCUGCCACUGUGCCGCCGGGGCCUGACCAGCGUCGUGGUGACACUCAAAGGCUUGAAGGAGAAGUGUGUGGACAGCCUGGUGUUCGAGACACUUAUCCCCAAGCCCAUGAUGCAGCACUACAUCAGCCUCCUGCUGAAGCACCGCCGCCUCAUCCUCUCGGGACCCAGUGGCACCGGCAAGACCUACCUGACCAACCGCCUGGCUGAGUACCUGGUGGAGCGCUCGGGUCGGGAUGUCACCGAGGGCAUCGUCAGCACCUUCAACAUGCACCAGCAGUCCUGCAAGGACCUGCAGCUGUACCUGUCCAACCUGGCCAACCAGAUCGACCGGGAGACAGGCACGGCGGAUGUGCCGCUGGUGAUCCUCCUGGACGACCUCAGCGAGGCGGGCUCCAUCAGCGAGCUGGUCAACGGCGCACUCACCUGCAAGUACCACAAAUGCCCAUACAUCAUCGGGACCACCAACCAGCCUGUGAAGAUGACCCCCAACCACGGCCUCCAUCUCAGCUUCAGGAUGCUGACCUUCUCCAACAAUGUGGAGCCAGCCAACGGCUUCCUGGUGCGCUACCUGCGGCGGAAGCUGCUGGAGUCAGACACAGACAUCAACGCCAACAAGGAGGAGCUGCUGCGGGUGCUGGACUGGGUGCCCAAACUCUGGUACCACUUGCACACCUUCCUGGAGAAACACAGCACGUCUGAUUUCCUCAUUGGUCCCUGCUUCUUUCUGUCCUGCCCCAUUGGAAUUGAGGAUUUCCGGACCUGGUUCAUCGACCUGUGGAACAAUUCCAUCAUCCCUUACCUGCAGGAGGGGGCAAAAGAUGGCCUCAAGGUUCAUGGGCAGAAGGCGGCCUGGGAGGACCCCGUGGAGUGGGUGCGGGACACCCUGCCCUGGCCGUCAGCACAGCAGGACCAGUCCAAGCUGUACCACCUGCCCCCCCCCACCAUCGGGCCCCACAGCGCCGUGUCCCCCCCUGAGGAGCGCACGGUCAAGGACACGACGCCCAGCUCCCUGGACUCGGACCCACUGAUGGCCAUGCUGCUCAAGCUCCAGGAAGCCGCCAACUACAUCGAGUCUCCAGACCGUGAGACCAUGGUGGACCCUGACCUGCAGUCGACUCUGUGAGGCCCGGACAUGCCAGCCCAGGCAGAGGGGAGCUGCCACCCACUGCUCCUGCUGGGCUGCUCUUCUUUUCCUUUGGCAUCAAGGAGCGCGGGGCUGGCGAGCGAGCAGAAAGGAGCAGGGCUCCGGUGUGUCCUGGCAGAGCGUGGGGAAACUCGGCUCAUCCACGGGAGAGCACGAGGUGCCAUCUCCCCUCCCGACUCUGGGGGUAGGAGAAUCCUGGUUUCUCUUCAUGGUUUUUUCUGUCUCUGUUAUAAACUCUCGGGCUUUGGGACCAAGGUGACCGCUGCGGCCGAGCCCCUGCUCCUGGGAGCCGCAGGAAGGCCCCGAGUGGGGCAGGGACCCUGCAGGAGCCACCUGGGCUGAAGCUGGGGGGCACAGGAGGAGUGUGUGGCUGCAGGAUGAGAGCGCAGGCACGAGGGGCUCUGGCUCCCUCUGCACCCACUGGGCAAAGCCAAGGGAGCCGCCGCUGCGGGAGCUCCUGCCUCACGCCGGCCGAGGGGAGUGCGGCUCUCACUGCUGCCUGUACGCUCCCCGUUUCACCCACAUGGCAGCCCCUGCGCCCAGGACAGCCCAAUAAACCGUGCUUCGGUUAUUUUAUUUUGUUUCCCCCUUCCCCUUUUCCUUUGGCCAAGUCCAGACUUUGCUUUGGUCCCUUUUUUGUUCUGGUUCUUCGCUCUCCUGGCCUGGAGCUUGUGGCCUGGUGCCCUCCGCUUCCCUGGCAGCAGCGCCCUUCCCCUUUGGUUUCUUUUGCAGCUGUUGGUUUCACCACUCAAACCACCUCUGUUACAAAACUGGUGCUCACUGGAUGAUCUCCAGUCCCCGAACCCACCUCCUGGGGCCACACAGCUUGGCUGAGGUGGGACUUGGAGGCUGGUGGCAGUGGGAUGCUCCCAGAGCAGCCCCUCACUGGGCCACUCCCCUCUCCCCAAAAGCACAGGACAAGGAGGCAGAGUUUCUGCCAGGGGCAUCUCCUCCCUGAGGUACCAGGGCAGGGGGAGGCUGCUGCUGCCCUAUCCCUGGGCACCUGGAUGCCAUCCCUGUCCCCUUAGUGCUGAGGAGCACAACCUGCCCCCCAUCCCCUCGGUGCUGCCAGGCCUGGGGGUGUGGAUUGAUGAGCCUGGGGUUGCUGCCUCUGCUGCCUGCUCCUCCCAGCCCUGUGCCCUCCUGCAGCCUGGCAGGGUCCUGCUGUGCCCCAUGUUGGUGCUCUGGGGACACCUGGGACUGCCAUGUGUCCCUCUGGCCUUACCCAGCAGUGUCACAGGCUAGGCUGCUGCAUGGAGUGGGUCAGCCCUGGUGCUGCUGUGGUGCCUUAAUCCCUGGCCAUGCGGAAAAGGGGCACGUGGAGCUUGGGAUAGUGCUGUCACAGCCUGCUCCAGCUCCAGUGUCCUCUGUCCCCACAACCAGCUUGGCUAGGAUGGGACAGGGGUGCUGGCACUCACCAAGCUGCUGGCUUGUCCCCAGCCAUGGUGUGGGGUGCCCUGCAGAUCAGCAUCCCCCUCCUGUGCCCACCUAGCCUAUGGGGGCCUCCUCCUUCCCUCCAGCUCAGCCCCCACCAUCAGCCGGGGCCCUGGAGAGACAUUUGGGGAAAGGUGACCCCAGGGCCAGGUCUACCAAGCCCACCCAGUCCUCAGACCCUGCCAGGCUGGGGACUGGGCAACCUCAGCCCCCUGUGCCGUGGCUGGUGGGGCCUUCAGGGACGCCUCACACCCCUCUGGAACGGCCGCCUCCCGCAGUGCCGUCAGAGGCAGCCACCACCUCUGCCCUCGGUGCUCUCGGGGCUCUUGGCCGGUGCUUUCCACCUCGCUGCCCCAUGGUGCUCACUCCUCCGUCUGUCCGACAGCCUCCCGCUGCCGCCGGGCCGGCCAGCCCGGCCCCUUCCCACGGGGAUCUCCCGGGAUCCCCUCCCCACGCUGGCUUGGGCAUUAGGGCUUUCUGUUUGCCUUCUCUUGUGUUGCCGCUGUCGGCCGAGGACUCACUGUACAUAGAUCUGUCGUGGAACGCCCUGUGUGGGUUGGGGGGGGCCCGGCCCUGCGCCUCGUCCCUGGUUUUGGGUUUCUUUUGUACUCUGUGAUGACUGUGCUGUGCUGACUUCUUUUCUGAUUGUACGAGACACUGGCUCAGCAGCUGCUCGAGGCCGGCAGUGGGGACCUGUCUGUCCCCUCCAACCCCUCCCGCCCUCCUCAGGGCUCUGGUGCCCGGGGUGGGAAGGAAAAGAUGCACCUUUGGGGGCUGCCCAGGUGCCCUGAGGAGUCCCAUGGCAGGAGGGGCAGCCUCGCCUGGGCUUGCUUUCUUUUCUGACACCCCCAGGGAGCCACCAAAACAUUGACUAGACUGUCCUCCCCCCAGCUGCUCGUUGUCCCCCAGCCUGUGUCCUGCAGGUUUGCCCUGUCCCUCCCCAGGUCAGGGCUGCCCCUGAUCCUGUCACCUCAGCCUGGGCAGUUGGAGGUGAGUGGCAAGUGGGAGUGUGAUCCAGGAGGAGUCUCCAAGGGAAGGGAAGCAGGUGGGCCCUGGGAUGGGCAUGGGCUGGGGAAACCAGGUCCUGAUGGAUUCCUCCUGGCUUACACCAAGCACCUCGUUUCCCCAAGCCUGGCAUCUGUCUGGGGACCAUCCCCUGGCUGUGGGCUGAGCCCCUCUGUCCCCAGGGAAUUGUCCAAGGAUUGCACUAACUCGUCCCCCUGCCACCUCCAAGGGUGUCCAUCACCCUUAAAGGAGCUUGUCACCCCCCAAGGGUGCCCGUUGUUCCCAAAGGUGGUACCUGCUGCCCCCAGUGGUGCCUGUCACCCCCAAGGGAGCUGGUCACCCCCAAAGGUGCCUGUUGUCCCCAAAGAUGCCUGCUGCCCCCAGGGGUGCCCAUCACCCCCCAAGGGUGCCUGCCACCUGCAAAGCUGCAGGUUGCCCCCAAAGUUGCCCGUCACCCCCCAAGGGUACCUCUCACCUCCAAAGGUGCCAGUUGCCCCCAAAGGUGCCCGUGGCCCCUGGGAGC